AUGCACGAAGAGCCACCAAGCGACGCGCGCUCUGCUGGGCCGGUUCAUAUUAUCAAACCACAGGCUGCACAUACGCACACUGCCAUCGUGCUCCAUGGGCAGGGCAGCAAUGGUCCAGAGUUCGCAGAAGAACUAUUCGCCACUCGUUUAUCUGACAACGGCUCUCUCUCGACAAAAUUCCCAGGAUGGCGUUGGGUUUUUCCAUCGUCCAAGGAGCUCUGGAGCACAACCUUUCAGGAACAUAUGCCUGCCUGGUUCGAGGCGCAGUCUUUGACGGACACCACUCUCAGACAAGACCUUCAAAUCUCGGGUAUUAUGGACUCCAGCGCAUAUAUCCAGGGUUUGGUAGAAGAAGAGGUUAAAAUACUCCAUGGAAAAAAGAGCAAUCUUCUUUUUGGCGGAAUUAGCCAGGGCGGCGCGGUCGCAAUGUGGAUGCUGCUUUGUCGAGGCACGGAAUCCUGGAUCGGAGCCUUUUUCGCAGCCAGCACGUGGCUUCCGUUCGCUGAGAACAUUGAAAAAUUGCUCACCGGCCAAGGAAAUGAAGAGGCUGGCACCGCUGGCCAGGAUGCGGCGCCGAUGAAGUAUGACAGUUUCAUCCGCCAGGCUAUGCAAGAUCCAGAGACUGAACAAUACAUCAAUCCCAUGCGCUCCCAUAUCAAGGUAUUUCUUGGGCAUGGUCUGGAUGACGCAUACAUUGACGUCGAACUUGGGCGUCAGGCUCGCCAUGUGCUUACAGCUGCGGGCUUUAACGUCGAGUGGAAGGAAUACACUGGUGCUGAGGAGGAGGGGCAUUGGCUCCAGGAGCCAAAUGAAAUGGAUGAUAUUUAUCAGUUUAUGCUUAAAUUUUCGGCUUAA